UCAAAAAUUGGAUUCAGAUUCGUGUUGGUGCAGUCUUUUGAAUUGGUUUUCUUGGUUAGUGAGGACUCAAGUACUCUUCUAACUUUUAGUGACAUUUUAUAGACAAAUAUAGUAUUUAUUCAUCUUUUGGUGGAAAACAUGUUGAAACUAGGAGGGAUAAGUAUUGUUGUGUUGGUGAUUUUAGUUUUUCAAAUAUUUUCUGUGUCGGGGUACGUUUACAAAACUCCGCAUCUCAAGAGGACGAAAUUCAGGAGGGAUGGCUCACUGUUCCUCACACCUCUGAUUGAGAACAGAAACAUUCCGCUAGCCAGACAGUUAUCGAAAGUUGCUUCGUUUGUGCCAGAUGUCAAUGUGGAUAGCUACGCGGGUUACUUGACUGUCAACAAAACCUACAAUUCGAAUCUGUUUUUCUGGUUUUUCAAGAGUCAGACGAACUGGAAAGAAUCUCCUGUUGCUGUAUGGUUACAAGGCGGUCCCGGCUAUUCGGGAUUGUACGGCUUGUUCAAUGAGUUGGGUCCCUACGAGAUUCGUGAAGAUGGGUUGGUGAGUAGGGAGUACUCCUGGAAUCGAGAGUGCAACCUGAUUUUCAUCGAUAGUCCCGUGGGGACCGGGUACAGUUUCACGAAGUCCAUUCAAGGUUUUGCUAGGAAUCAGGAAGAUGUUGGCAACGAUUUGUAUGUGGCUAUGGUGCAGAUUCUCCAAAUGUUCCCCGAAAUACAGAACGCCCCGUUCUACAUCACGGGGGAGUCUUACGCGGGGAAGUAUAUACCUGCGUUGGGUUAUGCCAUUCAUAAAAACAACCCUAAAUCCAGUUUGAAAAUCAAUUUACAAGGGCUGUUUAUUGGGAAUGGGUUGACGGAUCCCGAGAAUAUGAUACCGAUGUAUGGGGAAGUUUUGUAUAACUUGGGUUUCAUCGAUUUCAAUCAGAGAAAUGAGUUCGAGAAUUUGCAAAAUCUUGCCGUGGAAGCAAUCAGGGGUGAAAAAUGGGUUGACGCCGCCAUAUAUUAUGCCAAGUUGAUCAUAGGGUACAGGUUCUACCCUUACCCCACUCUGUAUACUAAUCUAACGGGGUUGGAAACCUAUUACAAUUAUUUCGCGGAGAACUCGGCGAAAUGGUUGGAGUUUGAGGAGGAGUUUGUGAGGAGUGCGGCGUUCAGGGGUGCCGUGCAUGUGGGGGAUGUUGCCAGGGAUGACGGAAGGAACACUGAGCUCUUUCUCAUGGAAGAUAUCGCGAAGUCUGUCAUAGGGUGGGUUGAAGAGCUAGUGGAGCAUUACAAAGUGGUGUUCUAUAAUGGACAGCUAGACCUCAUCUGUGCCUAUCCGUUGACUGAGAACUUUCUGAGGAAAAUGGAGUGGAGUGGCGCCGAAAAGUAUAGGAAUUGCUCGAGGAGGCAGUGGGUGGUGGAUGGGGAACUGGCAGGCUAUGUGAGAACUGUCGGCAAUUUGUCGGAUGUUUUGGUGAGGAAUGCUGGACAUAUGGUACCCACUGACCAACCUAAAUGGGCCUACCAGCUGUUCAAUAACUUUGUUCAUGAUCGUGAUUGGUGAUCGACCAAUUCUACUCAUUUAUUGGAUCUUGUUUAUUUAUUUCAUAUUGGAUAUCGGAUUGGAUUUUAUACUUAUUCAUUUAUUUGACUUAUAUAAUACAUUUUAUAGACUAGGCCUAUUUGUCUCAUUGAUCUAUCUCUUAUUGGAUAUUGAUUGGACUGGACUUCGUAGUUAUUCAUUCUUUGGACUUCAUAAAUAUGAUACAUUUUUAUAAAUUAAAAAUAUGCUGAUAUUCAUUGCUGGUUUAUUGUAAAACAAGUGAAUGUUAUUCAUUAAUGAGAAUUUCCAAAUCAUAUUUAUUAGAAAAAUGCUGGACAUAAUAAUAUGUUACCUACUAAUCAGCCAAAGUGGGCUCACUAUUUGUUUGAAAAUUUUGCUCAUUAAAUCGUGAAUAAAGUUGUGGUUUGAUUGGA